CCUUCUUGGGUCCCAGUGGUCACAAGAUUGUGCUCCAAUCUAAUGAGUUGGAUAAACUGGGUGUUAAAUGAAACCAGAACGCGCAUCAACUUGAACAAGAUUUUUUCAAGAGCAAAGCUUUAAAUCCAAAAUAAGGAAGACUUCUUACCAUCAAUAAGUCGCAUUGGUGACUUCCUUGUUGUCUGAAAACGAUGCUGUAUUAACAGGCUUUAUUUAGGCCGCUGCUCGAGAGCUGGGAAAAUUUGUCGAUUCGACGCUAGCCUGUUUUUCCGAUAUCUAAAGGGAUUGGUAAAAUGCUUGUUGUACUUGGAGAUCAGCAGAAAGCAGAUUUGCAAUUACUUGGUGAUUUUGACGAGAACGUUGCGAGGGAAUUUUGUAAAAUUGCUGUUGGGUUUAUCCGUAAUGGAGUCAAUCCGAAAAUGUACCAGACGGCCGCCUCGAAGCUUGAAAUUGCCGUGGAAAAUGUUAAAAGGUGCGUCGAAGGACUCAUGUUUCUUAUGACUGAAACUUCAAAGUCGUAUGUUAAUGAGUUAGACUUUCAAGAUUCACUAAUGAUGGUUGGCUUUUCUGAAGAGCUCACAAGCACCCUGCUGAGGUUAUACAUGGAACACAGAGAUGAGAUUAGAAGUGUUCUUCAAAAACUCUCUUUAGAUCUACCACAUUAUGAUAAUCUUGAAUGGAGACUAGAUGUUCAAGUCGCAAGUAGGUCUAUGAGAUCUCAGACUGCUCCAAACAUACUUCUAAAAUUCACAAUUAAAGAUGGGGAAAAGAAGGAUGUAAAAUUACUUCAAACAGAUCCAGUAAAUCUCAUUCACUUAACAGAAGUCCUUGAACAAGCCCUUGCCGAGAUGAAAACUGGGCAUGCACGCAGAGUGACAAGAAACAUCAAAUAGUUCUUAGUUAUUUACAGCAAUUUUGGAAAAUAUGGGUUAAGUUUCUACUUGCAGUGAUUCUUCAAUGAAUUUAUGUAAUUUCUAAGAUCAGGCAAAAUAACAAAAUAUUUACAUAGCAUUGGUAAUAUUUUCAUCAAAGAUGCACCAAAUGAUAAAUGAACCUUAACACAACUAUAACCAGUUUUAUAUUUGAAAGCUCUGAGGGUAAUGAAAUCACUUUUGAAGUUUACUUUGUUAUUGUUGAAAUUUCUAUUGAUCAAUGUGUUCUUACAAUUAUUGAUCAAUUAGUACAGAACAAUGUAGUGUUUUCAUUUGUUAAAGGACUGCUCAGGAUAAAAAGCAUCAACAAAGACAAUAUGUAGCCCAAACUUAAUCUUAUAUUGAUCAUAUACAUUUAUACAUUACUUUUGUUAGACUGUAUGCAGUGCUAUUAAAAUCAACUACCCAAAGUUACUCUAAAGGAAGAUAUCUUUUGUAUUGCAUUAAUUGAAACAAUUUGUUUGUUGUUGAUGGACAAAAAUUGAUCUUGCAAAUAAAA